AUGACUUCUCGGCUACAUCUUGUUGCUGUUGGUAAAUCAAUUUUAAUGGACGGAAUUAGUUUUGUGCAGGUUGGAAAAACCAAGAAGUUGCGCGUUAGAAAAUUAGGAGAUCUCAUCCACGCAGCGCCCGUAGGCAAGCCGGUGCCGGGUCGUUCUUCUGUAACAAUCAAUUGCAAGAAAGCUGAUGGACGUCAGAGAAGAUUCACUCGUUCAGCAACUAAUUCCAGUUCUGAGUUCCGCAUCGAUGGACAGGUCAUUUCUCUGCAGCAAUGCAAUCCUGAGAUGGAGAAUUUUCAAAUUCUGGUCAGGGCAAGUACACGCCGGUGUUUCCUUCAGAUCAUUCCUUCGAUAUACGCUUUAUUUCUUGGAGCGUACUUUCUGUGUUCUGACGAAUUGAAAUUGCACGGUCAAAUAGAAUCUAUUGCUAUGAAGAGCCUUAAGGAACGUACAGCUCUAAUCGAAGAAAUCGCGAGAAUUUGUAAAAAUUGUAAAAUUUCGGAUCAGCGCCCACUAUGUAUUCAAGUGAAGCAGGAAGCACUUCAUAUGGAAACCAAGCUGGAAAAUGGUAAUAAUGUGUUGAAUGAUGCACAGAAACUCGCUGAGAAAGCUGAACAACAGGCGGAGAUGCUUGAGAAAGCCGCAUGUCCAACCCGAAUUCAGCCAAAAAUCGAAGAAAUAGAAGAACGUAUGGUAAAACAAGAGAGGGAGAUAGGAAAACUGGAAGAUAAGAGUCAUGCAAUUGCUGAUGACGUCUUUGCCAGUUUCUUCUUCAAAAUUGGGGUCAAAAAUAUUCAAGAAUAUGAGGAACACGAAAUUAGGUUCUUAUUCGACGGUCAUCGAAUCUACGACGACUGUACGGCAAACACGCUACACAUGGGAGAUGAUAUCAUUGAGGUAACCUCACCAUACAGAGUAGUUUUUCUCGACAUAGAAACCGACUUUACUAUUUCGUCGUUAGAUGCACGAUAG